CCUUCUAGACAGAAGCUUCGUUUUUUCAGUAGGCUUUUUCUGCCUUCUGCUGCCUUUUUGUUUAUGUUUUACUCACCAGUCAUUAACUGACAUAACUGUUUGGCACUUAAUUAUUUUUGCUCAAGGAAUGCAGUUGUUAGGAAGAUGAUAUUUUAUAUUUGUGCAGUGUUAUGGCAUGAGCUGUACAGUGUGCAUGCUGAGUUUCAAGUGCGCUAAGCUAAGCCCAGUUUGAGGUCUUCAGAGUCUCAGCAACAGGAAGCGGAAGCACUUGGAUCCCUCCUUGUUUAGGCUGUGGACUGCCUUUUUGCCAGAAAUAGUAAUUUUUGUUUCGCUCGUCUUCCUUGUCUUUGGCGUUUCACUUGUGCAUUUUCUCUGUGUCCAGUGUGUGAUUCCUAACCUGUGUUCCUCUAGACUAAUUGCUACUUCCCUGUUUCCAUGCUUUUAUUGGGAGGCCACUCUAGUCUUUUAGUUUUCUUACCUGUUUUUUCUCUUUUCUCUAAUUUAUCUUGCCUUCUUAUGCCAUUCUAAUGUUAUUUCUGAAAUACUGCUUUUGCAACUUCCUGUCUGUUUAUAAACUAACAGUCUCUCCUGGUUCCCUUUUAUGUGGACUUCAGGUCUGUUCUUACCUUCCCCUUUUUGCAUUUCCCUGUGAUCUGGACUACAGUUCCUUAGGAGGAACAUGCCUUUCUUGCCUUUGAAUCGGUUUGUUCAUUGUGUUUUUUCUGGUCUAGAUUGCCUUUGUUGCUUUUUUACAUGAUUAAGUCCUACUGCUUUUCAAAGGAUCAUCACAAAGCCUGCCUUUCUGUGACGUGAUGGUCAGUAGUGAUCCGUCAGCUUUGUCUUCAGUAGGAGCCUCUGGCUACAAGUUGAAACCCACGUGAGCGCCUUAAGGAUUUCCUGAUAUUCAAAGAAGGAAGUGUACAGCCAGGCUUCAGUGAAGGUUUCUGGGUAGUGACGCUGUCCUCUUGAUCUCAGUCGGAGCUCCUGGACUUGAGAAGGCUGAGGAGUCUUUUUCUGUCGUUUGAUUUGGUGCUAGCAUCUCUCUGUUCUGUCCGACCUCUGGACCAAGUUCAAAGCUGUGGAAUUGUUCCCUUUCUCCCCAUACCUCAACCUGAGCCUUCUGUCGUCCAAAGCCUUCACCCGAUCCCUCCACUCGAUCCUCAUUCAUCUGUUAAGGUCAGUGAAUUUAUGAUUAAAUUAGCCAUUGAUGUGUCAGUGGUAUUAAACCCUCUAAUCAAUGAAAAAGGUGUCUGCCAACUGCCAGGGUUGAACCAGGCCAAAACCAGAAGGCUGGAAUUCCAGGUCUCCCAAGUGGGGUGAGAGGGAACCAAGAUGAGGAAACUGAAGAGAAGUUGAAGCUGUCCCAAUGUAGUUUUGAAGAGCUGGACCUAGAGCUUGCUUUUUUUUUGACUUCCAGAUUAGUGUUAUUUUUCUUCAAACUAUUACUUCUUGGUGAGUUCAUGUGGAAAAUAUCUUCAUGUUUCUGAAUACGGUAUUGUGUCCCAGUUAAAUUAAAACUAACUUGAAGAAUUUUCUGAAAAAGGAAAUUUUUCAAAUCAUGCCAUCUGAUCAGAGACAGUUACUUUUUGAUGAAAAACCAGCUGCUUUUCAAAAGGAUUAUGAUGUGACAAAUGAAAUAGUGGAUACUACCAAAUCAGUACCUAAGCCAAACUUUUCAGAAAAUAAUUCUCAUUUUGGAUUAAAGAAUGUGAAAAUUCAUUUGCCGAGGAUAAAUAUUCCAAAUAAAGUCCUAUUGAAACAUGAUGUUGACAAAUACAGAAAGUUAUUUCCGAGUAAAUCACAAACUGCAAGAAAAACUGCAAGAAAAUCUGUAGGCUUGAAGACUGUAAGAUGUGCAGAAGAGUCUAUUGUGCUUCACAAGCCUGAGGAAGCUGAAGAAGAGAAUGUCAAAAUGAUUGCAAAAAUACUCAAUUUCAGCUGUUCAAAAUGUCAAGAUAGCACUCAGUACAGCCCAAAUGAUUUGCAGAAACACUUUCAAAUGUGGCACCAAGGUGAAUUGCCUUCCUAUCCUUGUGAAAUGUGCAGUUUUUCAGCAAAUGAUUUCCAGGUUUUUAAACAACACAGGAGAACCCAUAGGAGCACUUUAGUAAAAUGUGAAAUUUGUAACAAUGAGAAUUUGUACACAUUAUUGGAUUUGACAAAGCAUUUCACUUCUACACAUUGUGUGAAUGGUAGCUUUCAAUGUGAAAAGUGCAAAUUCUCUACACAGGAUGUGGGCACAUUUGUUCAGCACAUUCAUAGACACAAUGAAAUCCGUUAUAAAUGUGACAAAUGCCAUCAUGUGUGCUUUACCAAAGGAGAGCUUCAGAAACACCUUCAUCUUCACUCUGGCACUUUCCCCUAUGCUUGUCAGUGUUGCAGUUACGGUACCAGCAGGAGAGAAUACCUUAUAACUUUGCACCAAGAACAUUUAUAUGCAAAAGAAAAAUUGGAAAAAGACAAAUAUGAAAAAAGGGUGUCUAAGACUUCAGCUGGACUUAAGUUAAUUUUGAAAAGAUACAAAAUAGGUGCAUCCAGGAAAACAUUAUGGAAACGUAAGAAAAUUAACAAUGAAAGGGACAGAAGCAAAGAAAAAAACACUCAGGUGCUUACAAAAAUGAACGGAACACAAACUACAUCUGAAAAUCAAAGCUGUCUUGCUCAAGAGCAUUUGAAUGAAGUCAGCAAUGAAAGACUACCGUGUGAGAAUGGUAAGCCCACUGAGUUAGAGUCAGUGAAGCCAGCUCUCCUGUCCACUGGGCAGUGUCAGAGGACUGAAGAGGGGGCACAUGCUACUUUAGGUUUCUUGAAGCCUGCUGUACAAGGACCUACAUUGUUAAUGGUGAAAAACAAUAAAAUAACGGUUCCUGCUAACUUUAAUGCCAAGUUUAUGGGUUUCAAGAUGGUAGAUGGAAAGCAGCAUAUUGUAAUAAAACUGUUGCCUACCAAUAAACAGAAUUUGUGUUCACCGGGCUUACAGAUGGAUGCUGCAAAGGACAGUAAUGCUAAUUUGCAGCCUCAAAGUUUGGACACUCCUGGUUUUUCAACAGGAAUGACAACAGAGUUAAGUGACACAGUUAUGAAGCCAACUCCAAUUUCAGGAAACACAACUUCAGAAAAAGAAAUGGCUUUUGUAUCUCAAAAAAAUAACAUGCUUCCAGCAGUAGAUUUUGAAAAAAAUGUGUCUUCCUCAUCAGCAACAUCCGAAUUGGUUACAGAUUCAGUGAAUUUGACCAUGAAAGCUGAAACAAGAGAUCAUGUUCUGUGGGAAAACCCUGUCACUCAAAGUCCCUCAGAAGUGUUAGAUACUCCCAUUAAAAGUCCAGAUAAAAGCAACUGUACUGCCAAACCAAAUGCAUACAACAAUGGAGAUAUGCAUAACUACUGCAUUAAUCACGUCAAUCCUGAGUUAACUGUUGAAUCCUCCAACCAAGGAUCAUUGCCUUUUCAUAAUUACUCCAAAGUAAAUAACUCUAAACCUCGUAGGUUGUCUGGAAUGGUAAUGUUUGAAAACCCUCAAAGAGAAUCUUUCUCAAACAAUGCAGUUGUUCAACAGCCAAUUAGUGAAUCAGUUUUAUCACUUGUGAGGAAGGAGAGUUUAAAGGCAGAUAGUUUUUUACCAUCUGUUAGCCUUUUGAAUGGUAAAGAUGGGACUUCAAAAACAAAAGCCGAAAUUGAGGAUGAGUGUGUUUUAGAAAAAGUGCAAACCAGUGGUGCACAAAACCAGUACACUAAUGAAAAUGGGAAUGUAGAGAGUACGACUGAGCAUUCCCAGUGGGAAGAUACUUCUAAUGCGGAUUCACCUAUGAUGCCUAGAAUCACAUCUGUUUUCUCUCUCCAGAGCCAACAGGCAUCAGAAUUUUUACCCCCUGAAGUAAAUCAGUUACUUCAAGAUGAAUUAAAAGCAAAACCAGAUUUGAAACAAGAUCCUAAUUUCACAAACACAAGCCCAUCGCAGCAUUGCGACCCAUUAUUUCAGAAACUUGAGGGAGAUGACAAGCUAGUUGAACCUUCAACUGACUUCAAACUACAAGACGUCCUCACGGCUCCAUCUGACAAUGUGGAUGCUAAUGUGCCUACAAGUGACCUGAAUGUGAAAUGGAAUGGAAUGGAAAAGCCAAUGUUAUCGGUGUCCCAGGAUUUGAGAGAGUCAGAGAAGAUGCCUAGAAUUUCAAGUAUUGGCACGUUACUUAAGACUCAGUCAGAUGCAAUAAUAACACAGCAGCUUGUAAAAGACAAACUGCGAGCCACUACACAAAAUGCGAGUUCUUUAUAUGUGCAGAGCCCACUUCUAAACUCAGAACAAAAGAAGGCUAUAUUUGUUCAGACUUCAAAAGGCUUGUUUAUACCAUUGCAUGUUGCUAGCAAGCCUGGAUUACACAUUCUAUCAGGAAGAUCACUUCCACUGGUUAAUACACAAAAUGUACCUGCUUCUCUUCUUUUAAACAAGAAACCUGGAAUGGUUUUAACACUGAAUAGUGGGAAAUUUGAAGGAAUUUCCACCAUCAAAACUGAGAAUACUCAGGCUUGUGGAACUUUGACAAAGGAGUCUUGCAAAACACCUCUGUUAAAGGUAGAACAAAACAAUAAUUGUCUUACACCUGCACUUUGUUCCAGCAUUGGCAGUUGCUUGAGUAGGAAAAGUAGCUCAGAAAAUACUCUGAAAGGCCCUUAUGUUAUUAAAACACCAGCAAAUUCUUCAGUGAAAGCUGUUCCUGUUCCUAAUGGAGUAACUAAGCAUCAAGGAACAAAAUUGACCAUCUUGGAUCCUGUAAAGCAGAGUGAAAUUUUUCCAAAACAACCUGUUUAUACACUCUUGCCUGAUGGCAAACAAGCUGUUUUUUUAAAGUGUGUGAUGCCAAAUAAAACUGAGCUACUGAAGCCUAAGUUAAUCCAAAAUAGUACUUACUAUCAAAAUAUACAGCCAAAGAAACCCGAAGGAACAUCACAAAAGAUACUGCUGAAGAUUUUUAACCCUGUUUUAAAUGUGACUGCUGCUAGUAAUCUGAAAGCGAGUAACUCUGCAGCCUCAUUGCAAAAAGGCAGUGUAUCAUCUGCUCAGACUGUAGGAGGGGAGCAGAAAGAGCCAGAGUCUUCUAGAGAUGCCUUACCCCUCUUAGAAGAUGAUUUGAUGCCAGCAAAUGAGAUUGUGGUAACUUCUGAGGACCCAGUACGUGUCAGUAAUUCUUCAGAGGCCAGAGCAUUAAGAUACAAAACAAAUUAUGCAAGUAGGAGAAGCUUCAGUCGGAAGAAGACUUCCAAAACGAAUUUCUCAGAAAUAAAAACUGUGAAUAGUAAAGAUUCUGAAACUGCCUUUGUAUCCAGAAACAGAAACUGUAAACGAAAAUGUAGGGAUAGUUGCCUGGAACCUGCAAGAAAAAAGUCAACACUCCAUCGAAAAUGUAAAGAAAAGACUAAAGGUGAAGGUGUGCGUGAGUCACUGGGACUUACCAGACCUAGACUUCCAAAAGAUUCUGUGAGAAUUUUGCGACUUUCCCCUUUUAGUUCCAAACAGCUUGUGAAAUGUCCUAGGAGAAACCAGCCGGUUGUAGUUUUGAAUCAUCCUGAUGCAGAUGCACCAGAAGUAGCCAAUGUAAUGAAAACUGUUGCUAAAUUUAAUGGACAUGUAGUUAAGGUGUCAUUGUCAAAAAGAACUAUUGAUGCUUUACUUAAACCAGUUUGUUGUAGUCCUUCUAGAAUAACUGAUGAUGACUCUUUCAGGAGGCACAAAACAUGUAAACCUGUUAGUUUGGUAAAAGAAAGAUUUGUGCUAAAAUUAACACUCAAAAAGACAAGCAAAAACAAUUACCAGAUUGUAAAAACUACCUCUGAGAAUGUUCUGAAGGCUAGAUUUAGCUGUUGGUUUUGUGGUAGAGUGUUUGACAAUCAGGAUGCUUGGGCUGGUCAUGGGCAGAGACAUUUAAUGGAAGCUACUCGGGACUGGAACUUGUUAGAAGAAAAGUAACAGUACCUUACAAGAUAAUAGUAGGUUGAAUUACUACAAAGCAGGCAUUUUCUACUUUAAUGUAAUACCCGGAUUUAAGGGUUUUGGAAGUUGGUUAUGUUUCUGUGGAAGUCGAAAGUUUAUGUCUGAUACUUGAAAAUGUUGUCACUGCGCACAUACAUUUUGAAAGACACUGAUCCUAGCACAGAUGUACUUUGAUCCAGUUUCUUGAAGAGGUGUUCUUGCAAGUUAGGGCUAAAGGAAAGUUUGAUGAAGGUUUUCUCAGUUUAGGUGUUCAGUGACUUUCAGUAGAGGGUUAUGGCUGACAGCCCCAUCCUCUCUGUUCUUCCACCAGCCUUACAAAUCUGAUGAAUAAUGCUCCUCUAAAGAUGCAGAGCUCUUUCAGGAUGGAACUGAAAGAGUAUCUCAUCAUUUGUGAAAAUGGAAAGCUUAGGUAAAGAACUCUCACUAUGUUAUGUUUGCUAACUUCACUUCUGUUGAAGGAUCUUAGAUUCCUUUGAAAGUACAUUUAAUUCACUAUGGUUGUAUCUUGCUUGAGAAGUACCUUACAAAUCAUACUUUUUUCUUGUUAAGAUGUAAUCCAUGUCAGAGAUUGAAGCACUCUCCCAAGGUGAUUUUCUAAAUGGCUGUGUCAAGCUUUGCAGUAAUUUUUAGCCCAGAAAAAUUAAGCUCUUGUCUACUUUGAGGUCCAGUUCAAUUCGUCAACAUUUUUCUGAAUGUUACAUUUUCCAGUGAUCCCCUUACACAGAACUAUGCAUAUUUGAUUUCAGUUUUUCCCGUAAACCCAAUGUUAUUUAAGUUGAUCCCUGUAGAAUCAAUGUGUAUUUCUUUUUUGCCUACCUUUUAAAAAGUACAACAUUGAAGCACUUCGAAGGAGAUGACUUUUCUUGAAAAUGAAAGUUUUUUUUCUACAGAAAUAAUAGUUGGAAGCAAGAUGAGCAAAGUAGAUAAUAUUUUGAUCUGUGUUAUUUUCUAAACAUGUCCAAAUCAGGAUUAAAAUGUUUUAAUUAGCAACGUCAAGUCUUAACUGCCACCCCAAUGCAGGUAACAUUGAUAGUUGGCAUUUGAAAACGGGGAAGGAAGCAUUAACAGUUGAUUUAGUGGUAGUACAUGAAACUUGGAGACAGUUUCUAAGGGACAUGCCCAACAGAGUUUGAAAAUGAACGUUUUCAUGACGAUAGAAUCACAGAUUUAAGCUUUUUACUCUGUAAAAUUAGACCCAAUUUUGUUGGAUCAUUGGUUAAUGGAAUUCUCUUAUGACAUAUGAUUUGGUUACAUUGUUACUUAGUGUGUUAGUGACAUUUUCAUUGAUUGUAUGAACACUUCAGGGCUUUUUUGUAUAUAACAAGUUAAAUCUGUACAUAUUUUUGUAUCUGAGUUAUGUAAAUUUUGCACAGGGUUUUUGACAGAGUUUAUUUCAGUUUAGUUCUGUGCAUGCAUUAAUAAAACUGGCUGUUUAAUUUAAAAGGAAUGUAUGAGACUUUACCCAUGUUAUUUUCUUGGUUAUAUAUCAGAUGUAGAAGUUUUUU